CAGAAACGUGCAGGAAGAACUUGUCGAGGGGAGGGUGAAGCAACGCAAAACAGAAACUGCUUGGAACAAGGGGCAGGAGUGAAGUCGCAGCAGAGUCGGAGGAGACGAUUUGUUUGGUCUACAGGUGCGAGGAUGGAACAGAACCAGAGCGGUCUGGGGUUGAACGAGAGUGUGGAGGCAGCAGGAGAACGCGGUCAGAUCGGCACCGACGUGUACAUCAUCAUCCCCACCUUCAGCCUCAUCUUCUGCCUCGGGGUCCUGGGCAACUCUCUGGUCAUCACGGUGUUGGCCCGCAGUUCCCCGGGCAAGCCUCGAAGUACCACCAACAUCCUAAUCCUCAACCUCAGCAUCGCCGACCUGUCUUACCUGCUCUUCUGCAUCCCCUUCCAGUCCACCUACUACUUCAUGUCCCAUUGGGUCUUCGGGGGCUUCCUCUGCAAGUUCGUCCACUACUUCUUCACCGUAUCGAUGCUGGUCAGCUUUUUCACCCUCUCGGCCAUGGCCGUGGAUCGCUACAUUGCCAUCGUCCACUCCAGGAGGUCCUCCUGCAUUCGGGUAGCCAGGCAUACGGUCAUGGGGGUCCUGCUCAUCUGGCUGGUCUCUUUGGCCGCAGCGUCGCCUGAAGCUUACUACCGCAUGCUGGUGCACACCAAUGACCAGGGCCCCUUCUGCUGGGAGAAGUGGACCGUCCUUCUUCACAGGCAGAUCUACAAGGUGGCCACCUUUGUGGUUGGCUACCUGCUGCCCCUGCUCCUCAUCUGCUAUUGCUACGCCAAGGUCCUGAAUCAUUUGCGCAAAAAAUUACGCAAUAUUUCAAAGAAGACCGAAUCAUCUAAAAGGAAGACUGCCCAGACAGUACUGGUGGUGAUCGUGGUCUUCUGCAUCUCCUGGCUCCCCAACCACGUGAUCACUUUGUGGACUGAGUUCGGCACCUUCCCAUUGACCAGUGCCUCCUUCGUCUUCAGGAUAGCCGCCCACUGCCUGGCCUAUGGCAACUCCUCCAUCAACCCCAUCAUCUAUGCCUUCCUGUCGGAAAAUUUCAGGAAGUCCUAUCAGCAGGUGUUCAGAUGCAAAAUCCGCAGCACCUCUCCUCUGAAUGAAGUCAAGGAAUUUCAGACAACGACAGACAUUGUGCCAUCUAAUUGCUGCACUACUCUGUGA